AUGACUGUCACACAAAACACUAAUUCGAAGCAUCCACCUUUCAAGCAGGUGGAGGCUACAAGACCAGAUCACGAACCAAAGCCAUGGAGGAUCACCAAGACGAAUGCCCCAGAGUGGAAGCAAGGUCUGGGAGCUUCUUCAAAAGAGUGGAGUGAGCACAAAAAGAUUGCCAUUGAUCCAAACUCCGAGACAAGAUCGCCUGUGGACAACUACAAAUUGUUUAUAUCCGCUAUCACACCGCGUCCCAUUGGGUUUAUCUCGACCGAGGGUAAAGAGGGAGGGCGUAACCUCGCUCCCUUUUCCUACUUUAAUGUGAUGAACAGCGACCCUCCCAUCUUCGCCUUGGGUUUUAGCGGAGGUAAAGAGAAGCCCAAAGAUACUCUCAAGAAUAUUCUUGAGACAGAGGAGCUCACUAUCAACAUCAUCAGCGAGUGGUUUAUUGAGGCCGCCAAUUUCUGUGCGGUUAACUCGCCAUAUGGUGUUGACGAGUGGAAGCUCAGUGGCUUGACACCGGCAGAGAGUACAGAGGUGAAACCACCGCAUGUAGCCGAGAGUGCUUUCAGUGUGGAGGCCAAACUUGUACACAGUCACGAAUGGAAGCUGAAGCGAAACGGCUUGGCUACGGGGGUGAUGUGUAUUGUUGAGGGUGUGAAGAUUCAUGUGCGUGAGGAUUUGCUCAACGAGGACCAGAAUAUUGUGGACACAGGCAAGUUGCAGCCGGUUGCGAGACUCGGCGGUAUAUCUUACGGCCGUGUCACCGAGGGCUUUGAACUACCACAACCCCUCAUCGGAACCGAGGUUGAUCCACAUAUAAAGGCAGCACCCCAGGCAUACGUCAAAUUAUUUCUCGUUAUCAAUUGUUCGACGUUUGUCAUGAAUCUGUUGUUACCAAUUGCGCCGAAGACGGUGAUGGACCAAGUCAAGGGCAGCGUUCCGAUGGACCUGAACCGGUUCAAGGACGCCGUUGCCCUUGAAAAUUCCAAAGAGCCGGGCUACUCAUCAAUCUACCGUAACAAGGCAGCGAUUGAUGGUUUGAUCAAUGUUCCGCACCCCGCUUUGACCACUUUGUAUGAAACGUUUGAAUGCUCCGCCUCUGUUUUUGCCGAUAGGAAGGCUAUUGGCGUUAGGCACAAACGCAGCGAUGGGCUGUAUGGACCUUACGAAUGGGAGACAUAUGCAGAGGUUUCUGCUAGAAAACGGAACUUUGGUGCUGGCCUUCUUUACUCAUUGCAAAACAAUUCCUUCAAGACACUGUCUCCCUCCCACCAGAAGAUAGACAGGCAUGAGGAGCUUGCAGCUGCUAACGAGAUGAGUUUCAUUCUCACUCAAUUCUCCCACAACAGAAAGGAGUGGCUCAUUGCUGAUUUGGCCAGUAUCAACUACUCCAUCACGAACACUUGUUUGUAUGAUACCUUGGGUCCAGACACGUCCCACUACAUUUUGGCUUUAACCGAAUCGCCAGUAGUGACCUGCUCGAAGGAUAAGAUUGAGAAAUUGAUCAAAAUCAAGAAAGAUCAUCCAGAGGACAUGCAGAAUUUGAUUUCUCUUAUCUCCAUGGACCCGCUCGAACCAAACGAAUUGCUUGAUCUCAAGAGAAAAGCCAUCAGUCAAAACAUCGAGUUAAGUCAGUUUACUGAUAUUGAGGAACUUGGCAAGAUUCACAAACGUCCAGACAUUCGGCCCACUCCUUCGACAAUUUAUACGAUCUCGUUCACUUCGGGUACGACCUCAAAUCCCAAGGGUGUUGUACUUUCAAACAGAAGUGCGGUCUCCGCCCUUACUUUCUGCUUAUCCAACGUGAAGAGUUCAAUGGUAAACCCACGAAGUUACAGCUUUUUACCACUUGCUCACAUUUUUGAAAGAAUGAGCAAUCAAGCUUCCUUCAUGGUGGGUGCCGAGAUCGGUAUGCCUCAAUCGCCUUCUCCAUUAACUCUUCUUGAUGAUGUCAUGCACUUGAAGCCCAAUGCAUUGAGCUUGGUGCCUCGUGUGUUGACAAAAUUGGAGGCUGCCCUCAAAGCGCAGACCAUCAAAAAUGACGAGAAACCUAUGUUGCAACGUUUGUUCACGAACGCCAUCAACAUAAAGAUGGAGAGGCAAGCCGCAGAGGAUGGGGCUGCUGGCCACCACUUGUUGUAUGACCGUUUGAUUGGUCUUCUCCGUAAGAAGAUUGGUUUCGAAAACAUCACUAACAUUGCCACUGGAUCUGCUCCAAUAUCCCCGAGACUGUUAAGUGUAUCUCAAGGUUACGGAUUGACAGAAUCCUUUGCUGGUGUAAGCAGUUCUUUGCAAUUCGAAGCGACUCCAGGCUCAUGUGGCCCUAUCUGUAUCACGACAGAAAUGAGGUUGAAAGACCUCCCAGAGAUGGGCUACACAGCUGAUGACUCCAUUGGUCCUCGCGGUGAAUUGUUAUUGAGAGGACCUCAAAUCUUUACUGAGUAUUACAAGAAUCCAGAGGAUACUAAGAAGGCUUUGGAUCCAGAUGGCUGGUUCCAUACUGGUGAUGUUGCCCGCGUCAACCCUCAGAAUGGUCGUCUCUACAUCAUUGAUCGUGUGAAGAAUUUUUUCAAAUUAGCUCAAGGUGAGUACAUCACUCCCGAGAAGAUUGAGAAUACCUACCUCUCGUGUUACCCCUUAACUACAGCUUUCUUUGCUCAUGGCGACUCUUUGAGGACCUACUUGGUGGGUAUUGUCGGAGUUGAUCCCGUGUCCAUCAAGCCCUGGUUGGCUUCAAGGUUCGGGUAUAAGGCAGCGGACCUCGAGGAUCAGGCGAAAUUGGUUAAGCUUUUGAACCAACGUGAAGUUAAAAGGAAAUUCUUGAUAGAAGCGAAUGGCUCGGUUUCUAAAUUAUUGCACGGCUUGGAAAAGUUGCAUAACAUAGAGAUUGGCAUUGAUCCCUUGAAGGUGGAAGAUGGUGUUGUCACACCAACCUUCAAAAUUAAGAGAGCCAAUUGCGGCAUCUUUUUCAAAGAGAGACUCGAGAAGCUUUACGAGGAAGGAUCAUUAAUCAAAAAUGAAAACUUGUAA